CGGCCAUGUCGUGUAAUGCAGACAGUAACUGCCGAACAUAAUGACGCAGUCUCGCCCUUCUGUUCUGUUGCAGCAACGGACGGCCGUCGUGGUAGCCGACGUUCAGAUCCCAAACUUGGAGUUUGACGCGUUGGAGUUUAUCGAUGUUGCCACGCAACAGUCGGCCGAGCCCAUCCACAACAAACCGGAGUUCAGGAAGAUUCUCCGAGAUCUCAAGAGUUGUGAAGAUGUCGUCGUCAACGGCGUGCUCAGCAGCUCUGUCAUACAACGGUUUGCUGAUGUGUGCACGAAGCAGAGUUCACUGACCAGUCCAGCGGUGCCACGUCAUCGAAGGAAGUCUCAUAUCAAGGCAGAACAACAAAGGCGAAAGAAAAUUUAUACUCACCUUUGGGUUCUUGUCGACGUCAUUCCAUCGCUGGCCUAUUUGAAGAAUGCAAGGAACAUUAGUGAAUUGGAUGUGGUCAAUGAAACUCUCAAGUGUGUGAAUAAACUAAAAGCGCACCAUGACUCACAAACACAAAGAAUUCAUGACUUAAAGAAGGAAAGUAAAGAAUGCAUGGAAAUGAUUUGUGAUUUUCAAGCCAGCCUGCCAGCGGGUGGACUACACGGGUGUCUGACACCGAGGUCGCUGGAUGACAUGUUUGCCGAGCUCGUCACACAGAGAAGCUCCGCCCACUGGACAUAUUGGAUCUUCAGCUUCUUUCGUUAAACCACUGUUCAAGACAUUCAAACAGGAAGUUGUGACGCGGACCGCGGAAGAAUUCGUCACUUCACUGAACGAGUGGACUGACACACGUCUUUGUUUGACCUUUCUACGACCUGUUGUCAUACACGGGUUACGAGAUAUCGGUGUGCUGACGUCGGUUAUAGAGCGCCCAGACGUGUUCAAGGAAGAAGCGUUGAAACUCGUUAAAACCGAGAAGUCAAGAGACGACGAUGACACGCCGAUCACAGUCAUAUGUUAAAACCGAGAAGUCAAGAGACGACGAUGACACGCCGAUCACAGUCAUAUGUUAAAACCGAGAAGUCAAGAGACGACGAUGACACGCCGAUCACAGUCAUAUGUUAAAACCGAGAGGUCAAGAGAUAGUUGACCCCCACGCCGAUCACAGUCAUAUGUUCUGUUUGUUUUAUAAGUUCUUGAAAGACCUCUGACCCGUUGGACAGAAGUUUGAAGUGAGACAGAGGAGAUUCUUAUGACUGAUGAUGGAUUCUCAGUGGCAGUCCUCUUACGUGUAUUCUCGUUCAUUCUAAACUAAGACACCUAAUCAUACCAUACACCUCACAUAAUAUUUAUACACCAUCAUACUAAACACACGUGUCACAUGCAUACUGUUAUACCACACACACGCACAUGCAUACCCACACAUACAUUUUUAUUUAUUAACAUUUUUUAUUAUUUAUCUAUACAUGUAAUUUAUUAGCACAUAUCCGAUUAAGGUUCAAUCACGCUGUCCUGGACACCCACCUCAGCUACCUGAGCUGGCUGUCGAUGACAUUGGGUUAGUGGUUAGUGGUUAGUGAGAGAGUAGGUGUAGUGACCCUCCCAUUGGACGAUCAAACCUCGCUCUGGGUGGGUGCCAGUAGCGGGAUGCGAACCCAGUAGUUGCCGGCCUUUAGAGCGAUUACUAACCACUACAACACCAAGGCAGGUACUUGUUUGACGUGUCAGUGUGCAUGUUGUGUGUGUGUGUAUGUAUGUGUGUGUGUGUGUGUGUGUAUGUGUGUGUCUGUGUAUGUGUGUCUCUGUGUGUGUGUGUGUGUGUGCGUG